UCAGCAGUAUAGAAACAUCAAAUCCAUCGCCAGGGAGUCCAAGAUCCAGCAGAGGAGGUGCUAGGACGGGGUAGACUGUUCCACAGGGGUUAGCACGGCGAAGACCGCCAAGACUAAUACCGGAGGCUUCAGCAGUGACUCCAUUGGGCAUCUGUACAGCCUGUAGAGGUAGCAUCCCCAGACUUCUUACUACAGUACAGCGAGCUGUUAUCCCAGAUACACUUGGGCUGAUGCAGAUGGCAUCGAGAGCGGCUACCGUACGGAGCGUGCAUCGGCUAUCACUACGUGCAGGCAAAGGCUACCGAAGCUGGUCAUCAUCGCCCGUCAGUUAUCGGAAGACUCCUAGCAACAGCGAGUGGUCACUCAUUGGAGGCGCUGACCACAAGCCUUCACUUGGCGGAUCGUCAAUGGGCCAUCUCAUCUCUGAGCUGAGUGCAACUAAGCCUGGCAUGGAGGCGUUGAGGGAGGAAGGCCAAACCAUUCUGGAGGAACACCGCACCCAGGCUCGAAGUGUGGCGAAGUGGAUGAUCGGGCUGCCUCUUACUUUCGGAACUGUUGUAGUAGCUUACAGCUGGCUGCAUCAUGGGCCCACUGGAGAUUGAUAAUGAUUCUCGAGCGUCGGCCCGGACGCCCAAGAUCGUGUAAAUAGCUGAUCAAUCGCCGCUAGAAAUCCAUCCGGGGUUGCAUAUGGGCGACAGAUCGUCCAAUACCCGGUCAGAUUCUUCACGAUAUGUGGUACAAGCCAGCCGUGCAGCCUGCCAGCUAUGAUCCCGCGCCUUUCGCUCUCACGCUGGCCUUCCGAACCCUCGUCUCAGUAGCAUGAACCGAUGAACACCAAUCCACCAAAUGUAGAUACUGUUGCCGCAACCCCAUGCUUCCGGCCAGCAAUAUAGGAUACCGCGUGUUUCGCACGUCCCCUUCGCUGCGUGACGCCAAUGAUUGCAGGCUCAGGACCAUUAGGCCCUUAGAAGGGUUUCAUUCCUGGUAUGCCUAAGCAACAUGAUCGGCACGUUGCAUGACCUGAGCAGCACCACCAGUGAAGCCCAAGCACCACUGUGGCGAUUUGCGAGACGGAUCCGCG